AUGGAUGGCAAAUAUCUAAUUGGAAGCCAGGGCAGCGAGUACCUCCAUCAGCAGCUUUCGAACAAUGAGCCUGCAAUAGUUAUAUCAAACUUUCAAGAACGUUAUGGUCUUGCGCUGGAAGACGUUGACGUGAACGCAAUUUACCCUCUGCUUGAACAAUCAGGAAUGUCGAGGCACGCUAUUCACAUUGGGAUAUUGAAUGCUCUGUCUAAUGAAAUGAUAAAGAAAAUAGAGAGGGAACCGUGGGAUCAGAAGAGAUACGAUGACUUUUUGCGCAAAACUUUGCCAAUGAUCCAUAUAAAGCAGCUGCGUGCUGCCAUACUCGCUCUGCUUGCAAAGUACCCAGAUCGAAUAAAUUCACAACUCUAUGAAAUCCUAUCUCAUAACCACUUUGUACUGCGUGAGGCUCCAUUGGAAGUCAAACGCGGCUUUUUUGUGCGAGAUAAGAAUAUGUUUAAAGACGUGAUCGGUUCCAGAGUGGCCGAGUAUCAAAAAGAUCUUCAAUUACGACAGAUGGCACGAGAAAUACGAGGUGCCGUGGUAGUGGAGGUUUUAGAUGCAAGAAAGAAUCACAAGUUUGUUCAGGAAGUUGUGGAAAUUGUUAAUGACAGUGUUGAGCUCUUUGAUGAUGUUCAGAGAGUAUUUAGAGAGCUGUUUACAAUGUUGGGGUGGCCGUCAAUAUGUUCGUUUCGAUUCGAUUUUUUUAUGGCAAUGCAAUCUGCUGGGAAGAUUCAGAUGUGCAAGAGAGACCCAUCGUUUGAAUUAAUUUGGUUUAUCAACGAUGGAUUAAGAAAAGGCUUUGAUGAUGAAACACGGGUUAAUUCUAUACAAGCAUCUUUAGCGAAAUACAAGCGAAACAGUUCAAAGGAAUUUGGAGACAUCGCAAUGAUUUUCCAAGAUCCCUUAGUUGCCAACGUACUUGCAACUCGUGUAUAUAGCCGUUUGAGAGACCUAGCUGCCAAUCCCGACGAGCCUCAACGUGAUGCUAAUGUCGUCUGGGCCACAGAGAUACUAAAUAUUGGAUGUGAGGCUCACAGAAUGUUUCGUGCUAGAGACUUCAACAUGCCCCAAGUAGAUGCCGGUGAAAUAUACAAUUAUUUCUAUUAUCGAUUGUUGACAUUAAUGCUUGACGAUGCAAAGACAGCGGAUAGGUAUGAGGCGACGUCUGACAAAGUGGCGACUCAAUGGGAAGAGAAAGAGCUUACAUCUUUGCGAGAAAGCGAAGUGUGUCGAAAGAUAUUUAGUCAGUAUGUAAUAGAACGACUCGAGAAAGGAGAUAUAAUGACAGUUCGACGGGUGAUUCCAUAUAUUAAGGAAACACUGCCACCAGCAGACAAUCCGAAUGUCGCUUAUCACGAAAGUUACGAAUCGCUUAUACAGACCUUUAUAUCUAUCCUUAUAAGGACAUAUCGUCCUCGCUUGGUAUUGCACCAAAGUUAUGUCAAGCUAGUAGAUGACUUUCUUGUCCCUAUUUCUAAAUGGAGCGGAUAUACACACCAACUGGUUGUAAAGCUGCUGUGCGAAUUUUUCUCAGAAGACUUGGCGGCACUGUUAAGUAAGAGAGGCAAAGUGGAUAGGAUGAACUUGGUUAAGACUUGGAUUGAGAAGAUAUGUGAGGCGGGAUCUAGAGAUCCUAAGUAUGUAACUUCGCUAAGGAGACUGUACCUUGAUCUUAAAAUAAGAUCGCAAAGAACGUUUGGUGGAGCUCAUAGAAUCACGCGAGUCGAAUGUCCG